AUGGACGUGAAUAAAGCCAUGUUGACAUCUCACAUUUGGAGCAUAAUAACGAAUCGUAAAUCGCUGUGGGUUCAAUGGAUUCAUUCUUAUAAGCUGAAAGGUAAAAGUUUCUGGGAGAUUCAAUGUAAAGGUAAUAUUACUUGGGGAUGGCGGAAACUCUUGGCUAUUCGGCCUAGUAUUCGGUCAUCUAUUUGGAUAACUGUAAAAAGUGGGCGGCAAACUAAUGCUUGGAGUGAUAAUUGGUGUUCAUACAGUCCUCUUCGCUCUUUUAUCUCCCCUAGGGCGAUAGCAAAUGCUGGUUUUUCUCUUAAUUCUAUGGUUGCUGACCUUAUAUCUGAGACUGGACAAUGGUUGUGGCCUGAAGCUUGGUAUGAUACUUAUCCAGUCCUUAUAAAUGUUGAUAUCCCACAACUUAUAGCGGAUGUGGAAGAUCGGUUCGGCUGGAAAGAUUUGGAAGGCAAAAUUCAGCAUUUUGGAUCUUGGGAGGUUUGGAACAAUUUGCGGUAUAGAGAUGAUAAGGUUACUUGGGCUAAUGCGGUGUGGUUUACUCAAUGCAUUCCUCGUCACUCUUUUCAUCUAUGGCUAGUUAUCAAGGAUAAACUCAAGACACAAGAUAGGAUGUCGGUGUGGGAAGCGGGCAGUGCUACUAAUUUACAGCUCAUGUGUUGUCCAUUAUGCAAGUACGAUCGCGAUUCUAGAGACCAUCUAUUUUUCCAAUGCCCUUAUGCGUCUAAGGUAUGGGGUCUGGUUAGAAACAUGGUAGAUAUGGGGAAUGUAACGAACACCUGGUCAUCGAUCAUGCAAUGGAUGGAAACCAAUACAAACUCAAGAACUCUGGAGCAUAUUAUUUGCAAAAUCAUGGUAGCGGCGUCCACGUAUUAUAUAUGGCAGGAACGGAACAAGCGCUUAUUCUCCCCUCUUCAACGAAGUGCUGAGGCUCUCUCAAAAACUAUCACUGAUACGGUUCGGCUUAGGAUUAUGGGUCUCAAGAUUGGGGGGCAACCGAAUUACAAGAAGAUAAUGGAAAGGUGGCUGAUCUCGAAGAAUUUGGAGAUAGAUCCGGGUUAA